GGUUCCGGAAGAUAAUCUAAUAUUGUUGCAAUCUCGGAUGGGCACCAGUCGCCUCUGUGAGAUGCUAAUAUCGCACGCCUACGCCUCUCCGGAGCAAGAUCUUCGCGAGCCAACAACGCCGAACGGCAGUCAACGAUGCGGGCUGCCGCGACACAUUGCGCCAUCUAGCGGCGACCCCACGCUGCCCGAGCGAGACGACCAGCAGUACUCAGCAAGUCCUCACGGCCACGCCUACUCUGGUGGUUUACUCCGAGAGCUCUCUCUCACGGCCGAGCGCUACAGACUCGCCGAGUGUCUCCGCGAAGCCAACCACCUCGUGCACGGCCGAACCGACGAUGGCGACGACUUUCCGUGGCUGUUCCCGUCUCCGUGGCAGAGCAAACACGCUAGCGACGACUCUGUCAACUCUCCCGCUGCCUACGUCACCUCAGCAGUGCAGCUCGAUUGCUCAAGCGGUUACGACCGCGUGGUGGAGAACUAUUCGGACGGCGUUCGAUGUAUUCUCGAUGAUCUUACGAGCAGCGAGGGAAGCUGCUACGACUACGCGCGCGGCGACAACGUCGGCAGCUUCGAGCACUACUGGCGACGCGAGGCCGAGAUCCAGGCGACGUACGGCGCUUACAGGAGCGAAUACGUCGCGAGCAGCGAGUCUCUGAGACAGGACGUCGAUGCUGUCGUAGAGAAAGCAAGCCAAGAGCAGCCGACCGACUGUGAGUUGCAGCCGACUGAUUGUGAGUUGCAGCCGACCGACUGUGAGUUGCAGCCGACCGACUGUGAGCAACAGCUGACCGACAGUGAGCAACGGUCGACCGACUGUGAACUGUCCCCGUGCAGCAGCCAAGAGAGCAGCGAUGUGGGCGUCGCCAUCACUACAGAUGGCGCUGCGAACGCCACAGCGUCUCUGGAGGCGAGCAACGGGAGGGAGGAGGAGGCGAGAGCUACACAGGCGACAUCUAGCGGCGUGGGGUCAGGCGAGAAGCGCAAACGGUCAACGCCGAGGAAGAGCAUCAAUAAGCUCGAUCCGGAAUUCCGAGGAGUGACCUUGCAUAUCCGAACGACUCUGAGAAACAACGAGUCUCGAGUGACGAUCGAAACUUAUUUCACCCGGUAA